CACCUCCCUCCGCGCCACCGCCUGCGCGCACAGCUCGCCCGAGUCCGGUUCUCCGGGCGACCCGGCCCGCGCGCUGGCCCCGCCCCCAGGGCGCGCGGCUCUACAAAUACCGCUGCGCCGCGAGCCGGGCGAAGGCGUUGAGCUGGGAGGCGCGGUUGGGAGUCGUUACUUCGAGAGGGUAGUCGCCGGCUAGGGGAGUGCCGUGGCGGCGAUCCACCUUAGUCGGAGCUCGGAAGGGAACGACUCAGACCAGGGUGGGCUACUUUAUUUUUCUUCCGGGGCUUUUGAUUUUUCUUGUCUUUUGCUUUGGGUCGAGUGUCGCUCACUGGGAACUGAGAUCCGCUUGCCCAAACCCCGAGCGACCCUCUCCCGUCGAUUUCUGAGGCUCGGGGUCGCCCAGUGCUGCGAGCGCGCCGGACGCACAGGCGAGGGGAGCAAAGCGCAUCGCGGGCGGAGACCGGGAGCUCGCUCGACCGCUAGUCCCCCAGCGGGUCUCCUCGCGCAGGACGCGCGCGAUGAAGGCGGUGAGCCCGGUGCGCCCCUCGGGCCGAAAGGCGCCGUCGGGCUGCGGCGGCGGGGAGCUUGCGCUACGCUGCCUGGCCGAGCAUGGCCACAGCCUGGGUGGCUCGGCGGCCGCUGCCGCCGCCGCCGCGGCAGCGCGCUGCAAAGCGGCCGAGGCGGCGGCCGACGAGCCGGCGCUGUGCCUGCAGUGUGAUAUGAACGACUGCUACAGCCGCCUGCGGAGGCUCGUGCCCACCAUCCCGCCCAACAAGAAAGUCAGCAAAGUGGAGAUCCUGCAGCACGUUAUCGACUACAUCCUGGACCUGCAGCUGGCGCUGGAGACGCACCCUGCUCUGCUGAGACAGCCGCCACCGCCCGCGCCACCGCUCCACCCGACCGGGGCUUGUCCGGUCGCGCCGCCGCGGACCCCGCUCACCGCGCUCAACACUGACCCGGCCGGCGCCGUGAACAAGCAGAGCGACAGCAUUCUGUGCCGCUGAGCCGCGCUGGCCAGGUGUGCGGCCGCCUGAGCACGAGCGAGCCAGGAGCCCUAGAAAGGGAGGGCCAGAGCAGAAAUUAAGAGAAAAAAGCCACCGGAGGAAAGGGGGAAAAUACUUCAGCAAUUCUAGAAACGUUGUCUCGUCUCGUCAUUCCAAGAGAGAGGGAGAGAGGAAAAAAUAAUAAAACUUUCAUUCACUUUUAAUUUUUUGCACGUUCACAAGCUUUCUCCGUACGUAUUCUCUUUUGUUUCUUCUUUCAUAACCGCUGUGAAUUGUACAUUUCUAUGGUUAUUUUUAUCACCCUUUUGGAGGUGCAGUUAAACUUUGAAGCUUAAGUGUGACAAGACUGCUAAGUAGAAGACCAAUAGUGAAUCCAACUUUAGAGGCUACAUUGUGACGAGGGAACUGUUUUUGUUUUUGAAGCUUUACUAAUAUACCAGAGCAUUGUAGAUACGUUGUUUUACAUCUAUUGUUUAAAAUAGAUGAUUAUAACAGGGCAGGGAACUUUUUCCCUGCAAGAAUGUUACAUAUUGUAUAGAUAAGUGAGUGACAUUUCAUACCCUGUAUAUAUAGAGAUGUUCUAUAAAGUGUGAGAAAGUAUAUGCGCUUUAAUAGACUACUGUAAUUAUAAGAUAUUUUUAAUUAAAUAUUUUUUGUAAAUAUUAUGUGUGUGUUUUUUUUAAUCUAUGGGAAUAUUUCUUUUGGAAAAUUAUUUUUCAGCUCCCUUGCAGAGCUCUUAAUAUUUCGAUGUGUUUUCUGUUUGGCCAGGCUGUUGAUUUGUUUUUGGUUUUGCCCAGUCUCCAGUAUCUGAGGCUCAGAAGGAACAGCUUUAGGUACUGGUCUUGCAUGACUGCAUGAGAUGUUUAAUCACAAAAUAAACUCGUCUGAGUCCAUCCAGAUGUGUUUUCUUUAUCCUAGAUGGGAACCUUUGUAUUUGAGAUGUACAUGUUGAAAACAUACCUUAUCAGUUUUUAAGUACAGGGUUUUAUGGUGUAAUAUAUAAAGAAUUAAGUGUGUGGGUUUUUUUUUCCUUUUGAACUGAGGUCAAAAAAUAGAUUGAGUGAUUUCGCAUAUAGGAUGGAGAAAUGCUUGGCUCUUUAAGGAGUCUACGGAAUCUGCUUUUAUUGAAGUGAAAAUGCUUGUCGUUCAUUUCACACUAAAGCAUAAUGUCAUGAAGUUUCAUAUCUGUACAGAUUAUUUAAGUCAUAGAAAUGAAAGAUGUUCUCUGCUUGCUACCAAAGGACAAACUCUUGGAAACGGACAUUUUCUGCCCUCCUUCCUCCAAAGAAUAUUAAUAGGCAUCAGUAGAAGAAAAAUAAAAGCAUAAUGGAAAAUCCUUCAAGCAGGGAUAAAAGUCGAUCUUCAAACAUUAACUUACGUAGACCAAAAAUUCUGAUGACCACAUCUAGAUUAUUUUUUUAUAAAAAUGAUUUUCACUAUAGCGAUGUCAGUUACCACUAAGCUCCUGUCCAAUUUCAUGUGAUGUGUAACUUUUACAUGUGAAAAUUAAAAGUAGAUUUAUCUGUCUUGUACUGUGACUUCUGGUGUGAUUUCUUUAACACCAUAGAAUUGAUUUAGGACCCUUCCCUUCCGGGAAAGUCAUAUUUUCUAGGUGAGCUGUUAACUCCAGGGUUUGUGAACAUCACACAUUUAAUGUAAUAGGUAUUUUACAUACCAGUUAGAUGGAAUUUUUAGAGUGGGAGAAUUAAGUAGGAUUUAAUUGGGUGCUUUGUAAAUAGUGAACUGUGUGUAAACGUGGUCUGUUUGAUUUUUUAAAAGGAAAGGAUUUGUUUCAGAUUAUACAAGAAUAAAAGUAUUAUAGACCCAAGGGACUUUUUAUGAAGUCCAAGUCAAACAUUUAUGGAGAUAUGAAAUGUCACCGUCCCUAGCUGUCAGUUGAAGGGGUAAUACCUCAACAGAAAUGAACAGAAUGAACAUGAGCAGGUUAAAAAUUAGCCGAGGGUUUCUUAAAAACCUAUGUCCUCCCUGCCACCACCAUGCUUACCCUUCAUCUCCUUCCCCGGUCUCUGGUGUUUUUAGAAUUUGAUGUAUCUGAUGUUGAACCUUACAAAGUCGAAGGACUGCCUUUGCAUGAGAUUUGUGUUGAUUUUUUUAUUACUCAUUCUUCUCACACAUGAGGAGGAAAACACUAGACCACUGGUGGAAUUCCAAAUCGGAAGAAUUCUAAGGAUUGCGUUCUUUGUUAUUAAGAAGGGCACAAGUCCUCCUUUUCUUGGGCAGUUUAAUUUCAGAGGGACUGUGUCACGUGUGCCCUUCCCUGGGACUGUGUGUUUGUCAUGCCUGACUGCUGAACCUACCUAAGCUGCUAGGCGGUCUAAAGUCACAUUGCUGGACUCAAUCUUCAAGAAAAAAAAUUAGUGUUUGGUGUUUCUGGUGUUAGAAGAGAGAUUGGUGUUUAAAUUUAUAAUUGAGCAUACAAAAAACACCGAAAGAAAUGAGUUUGGAGAUCCUGCUCCUGAGAGUUCGUAUUUUUCCCUUGGUUGCUUCAGUGGGCCAAGCAGCAUUUGACAUUUCUAAAUACAACCACUGCCCAUUAAAUGACAAAAAAAAAAAAAAAAAA